GAAGCAACUCUGCAAGGUUUUGCUCUGCUGAGCAGACUGCAGAGUUUGCUGCAAACGCAAAACUGAAAUCCAUCUUUGUACCGCCUACUUACCGUCCAGGGGGCUUAUAUGUCUUCUUGCCUUCUGUUUUUUCCCCAAACCUCUCUUCUCAAAAGGAAGCUCUAUUCUGCUGCUAGCAAUGCAUUCUGAGAGGUGGCUGUGUUGGUGUUACCCUGCUUUCUGUGUGUGGGCAUUCGUGUUCACAUCCUUGAUUAAAGAUACCACAGCCUGUGAAUCAGAGGAACGUUUAUUUCACAAACUCUUCUCCCAAUACAACCAGUUCAUCAGGCCAGUGGAAAAUGUGUCUGAUCCUGUCACAGUGUAUUUUGAAGUGGCCAUUACCCAGCUUACAAAUGUGGAUGAAGUCAAUCAGAUUAUGGAGACAAAUUUGUGGCUAAGACAUAUUUGGAAUGACUACAAAUUGCGAUGGGAUCCCAGAGAAUAUGAUGGCAUUGAAUUUGUUCGGGUACCAGCAGAUAAAAUUUGGAAACCAGAUAUUGUGUUGUAUAAUAAUGCUGUGGGCGAUUUUCAAGUUGAAGGGAAGACCAAAGCCCUCCUUCACUAUGAUGGAAUGAUCACCUGGACCCCACCAGCUAUCUUUAAAAGCUCCUGUCCUAUGGAUAUUACCUUUUUCCCAUUUGAUCAUCAGAACUGUUCACUGAAAUUUGGCUCAUGGACCUAUGACAAAGCCAAAAUUGAUCUUCUGAUCAUUGGAUCCAAAGUAGAUAUGAAUGACUUUUGGGAAAACAGUGAAUGGGAAAUAGUUGAUGCUUCUGGCUACAAACAUGACAUCAAAUAUAACUGCUGUGAAGAGAUCUACACAGACAUAACAUAUUCCUUUUAUAUUCGAAGGUUGCCAAUGUUUUACACCAUAAAUCUGAUCAUUCCCUGUCUCUUCAUCUCAUUCCUGACUGUGUUAGUUUUUUACCUGCCAUCUGACUGUGGUGAGAAAGUGACUCUUUGCAUCUCUGUGCUCCUUUCUUUGACUGUAUUCUUACUGGUGAUCACAGAAACAAUCCCAUCCACUUCCUUAGUAAUUCCCCUCGUAGGUGAAUAUUUACUCUUCACUAUGAUAUUUGUGACUCUGUCAAUUGUCAUCACUGUGUUCGUCCUGAAUAUACAUUACAGGACUCCAACCACACACACAAUGCCCAAAUGGGUAAAAACCAUCUUUCUUAGCCUGCUCCCCAAAGUCCUGUUGAUGCAGAGGCCACUAGAACAGCAGAAAAAAAACAUCUCCAGAAAAAACAAGAAAGGAUCCGCCAAUAUGCCAGGCAAGUCAAAGCACAGCAAACACAAAGAUACCAAAUUACACAAUGAGCACCGAUGCAGUCACUGUGAUAAGGCAACUGAACUCACUACCACCAAAAGAAGACAACUGAGCCAUCAGUCACUGAAAUGGAUGGCAGAGCACAUGGAGUACUCCCCAGAAGUGAAGGAUGUCAUUAGCAGCGUUCAGUUCAUCGCAGAGAACAUGAGGUCUCAAAAUGAAACCAAAGAGGUGGAAGAUGAUUGGAAAUACAUAGCUAUGGUGACAGACAGAGUAUUUCUCUGGGUAUUUAUAAUCCUUUGUGUGUUUGGGACUGCAGGGCUCUUUAUCCAGCCACUAAUAGCAGAUACAUAACUUGAGCCACUCCUUUUU